AUGUCCUCCCCCCUGGGAAACAUGAGCCUGUCCUGGGGGUGGGGGCCGUUGGUGGGGGCCCCCAACGCGACGGUGGCCCCGGGCGGGCAGGGGGCCACGCCCUGCCCGUCCUGCUGCUGCAGCCUGCUGAACAGGACGCUGGCCGUGGCGUUCAUGGUGGGCCUGGCCUUCGCCAUCGUCGUGGGCAACGUGGUGACGCUGACCGUGUUCACGCAGACGCGCCAGUCCCGCACGCCGCAGGGAUACCUGAAAGUGUCCCUGGCGAUGGCGGACAUGAUGGUGGGCGUCCUGGUGGUGCCGUUCUCCAUCUACACCGAGAUCUCCCUCAUGGUGACCAGCGCCCCCCCACCGUGGUACCAGGGGGGGUCGGCGCCGUCGGGCCGGGGGGCCGCGUGGCAGCCCUGCCAGCUGAUCGGGCCGGUGUUCGCGGGCUGCACCUUCGUCUCCAUCAGCACCAUCUUCCUGAUGACGGUGGAGCGCAGCGUGGCCGUGCUGCGGCCGCUGCACAAGGACGCCCUGGUGACGCGCCGGCGCGCGCUGCUGCUCAUCCUGCUCUCCUGGGCGGGCAGCUUCGCCCUGGCGCUGGCUCCGCUGGCCGCCGGCGCGGGCCUCACGCUGGAGUACAACGAGUGCAGCCGCAUGUGCAACUACGCGCCGGCGCGGUCGCGGUCCCGCCGGGGGCCGCCGCCCGGCGGCUGGGUGCUCCUGCUCUUCCCCGUCUUCGACUUCACGCUGCUGGGCGCCACGCUCGCCGGCAACGUCCUGUCGUUCGGCCGCAUCCGCCGCUACACGCGCAAGCGCAAGCUGCUGUCCGGGACGGGCGGGGCCGCGGGCGGGGCCGGGGGCGGGGCCGGGGACGCCCAGAGGCCCUCCUUCUCGGACAUCAAGGCGGCGAAGACCAUCGGGAUCCUGACGUUCGCCUUCGCCGCGUCGUUCUCGCCCAUCGCCGUGUUCGUGCUGGGCAGCGUGGUGGGCCACACCUGGUGCAAGUUCUCCUUCUUCGCCUUCUGGAUGCUGACGGCCAGCAGCUGCUGCAACGUGGUCAUCUACAGCGCGCGCGACCAGCGCUUCCGGAAGGGGGUGGCCCUCCUGUUUCAGAGGAACCAGCCCCCCCCGCCGGGGGAAAAGAGCUGA